UCUUUCUUGUUCAUACUUGGUGGUAAUAUUUCAUUCUAUCUUUUAUUUCAGGAAUUCAGCUAUUUGUUUUUCUCGGAGAUCUCCAGAGUCAGGUCAGCCUUCCCAAGCAGCUAUGCGGGGAUAUGAAGGAGAUGAAUAUGAUGAUUCGUAUUUGGAUGAGUAUGAGACUGAAGGUGAAGAGGAAGAGGCUGGUGAAGAGGAAUAUGAGGAUGAAGAGCCUCAACAGCCUUCACAGGAGUUGUUAGAGUACCUGGAGCUGAGGCAACGGUUAAAAGAUGAUAUCAGGAAGCAGAGGAAGAAAGAACUAGGUGGUGGUUCUCGCGAAUUUAAAAAGAAUGCAUCAUCCAGGGAUAAUUUUGGUUCCUUCUUUGGACCUUCACAGCCUGUUAUCUCUAACAGAGUUAUCCAAGAAAGCAAGUCUCUACUGGAGAAUCCAAAUCUGGCAGCUAAAGUCAUGAAAUCUAACCAUUCGCAGAGCAAUAAGAGUGCUGCUUCAAAGCCUGCAAAACCUGCAGGAUCAAAAGCAUCCACCAGCAACCAUGCACCAAAAGUCACAAAUGGGUUAAAAAGGAAGAUUGAUAUGGUAAAAAAUACGAGGGACUAUUCGUUUCUAUUAUCUGAUGAUGCUGAACUUCCUGGUCCAUCAAGAGGUUCUUUAACUCAGAAAGUGUCUGCCCCUUAUUGUGAUGCACGGUUCGGAAAGCAGACUUCAAGUGAUAGUGGGAGAAAGCUUCUAGAUGAUCGUGAAAUGAAAAGAGACAGCCAAAGGCAACCUACAGCUGUGAUUCAAAAAUCGGUGUCUAUUAAUAAACCGACUCAACCAACGGUUGACUCUAGGAAACAGUUCGGUAGCAGUAAUGGAAGUGGGCCUGGACGGCCGCCUUUGGGGCCAAAAGGGUUGUCCCCCAAGGUUACCGGGGCACCAGGCGCCAAGAGUACUGUGCCUGCUUCCCAUAGGCCAACCCCUUCAAGAGUACAACCCGCUGUACCAAGGCAAUCUUCGGUACAGAAUAGGCUACCACUGGAAUCUGGUAAGUCAAAAGUGAUGUCAAAACAAGGUGUGCCUGUCUCCAAACCUCAGGCGGUGAUUCAGAAACAACAAGCUUCCUUGGCUAGAUCUCAGAUAAGACCACCACCUCCUAGAAAUGUAGCACGUCCCUCGGACGAUAGGCGCCCAGCACUACAGCAAAGAGAUGAUAGGCGCCCAGCAUUACAGCAAAGAGAUGAAAGGCGCCCAGCACUACAGCAAAGGGAUGAAAGGCGCCCAUUGCUUCAGCAAAAGGAUGACAGGCGGCCAUCGCUUCAGCAAAGGGAAGACAGGCGCCCAUCACUUCAGCAAAGGGAUGACAGGCGCCCAUCACUUCAGCAAAGGGAUGACAGGCGCCCAUCCCUUCAGCAAAGGGAUGACAGGCGCCCACUUCAGCAAAGGGAUGACAGGCGCCCAGCACUUCAGCAAAGAGAUGACAGGCGCCCAGCACUUCAGCGAAAAGAAGAGAGACGCCCAGUACAUCAGCAAAAAGAUGAUAGGCGCCCAGCAAAAAAACCAACGAGAUAUGAUGAAGAAGAUGAUGGAGGACAAGCCAUUAGUAUGAUUAGGGAGAUGUUUGGGUAUAAUCCAAAUAGGUACCGUGAUGACGACGAUGAUAGUGAUAUGGAGGCUAAUUUCGAUGAAAUUUUGAAGGAAGAAAGGCGGAGUGCGAAAAUAGCAAGGGAAGAGGAUGAAGAAGAACUCCGGAAGAUAGAAGAAGAAGAAAGGCGGGAGCGAUUGAGAAAACAAAAGAAGCGCAAGUUGAGCCAUCAAUGACAAAGAUAAAUUGUCUUUUACUUUGUCGAUGGGCACCUUUAGAAGGGUGUUGUAGGAUGGUUUUUUUUCUCUCUUGCUGGUUAUAGGGCAGGAUAAUGAUAUGGGUUGAGGUGGAAUUGUACAGUCUCCCCCCUAAGUUUUGAAUAGAUGUUGUAACUAUUGGUUUAUUUGUUGGGGCAUAAUUGUUCAAUUAGUUUAUAAGAAGAUUUUUUU